AGACUUCUGAACCGUUGCUUUUCUAAAUGUUUCUAUUGAUUGUAUUAAUGACUCAUAUUAUGCUACAGAUAAAAUGAAAAGUGGACUCUAAAAUGAAAGAUUUAAAUGUGAUGUAAAUAUCUGCAUACCUGAGCUUUUUAAGGCUAACGGUUACUCGCUCGUGGGCCGUGCUGACGUCUCUCUGUUGGCUCCUCCCCCCGCAGCCCUGCGCCGUGCCGUGCCGGACCGUGCUGACUCUGGAUGGGAGGGGGCGGAGUUGUUUGGUGAUGGUGGGCCAGGGUAUCGCGUCCCCUGACUCGGCUGCUUGAUAUCUUGCUCUCUCCCGGUCCUUUAACCGCCUCCAGCGUGGAUUGUUGAUUGUUGAAUGAGAACAGCGUAUAUCAACGUGGCAGCGGCUCGCGUUGAUAAAUAGCAGCUAUUCAUAAUAACAGAUGUUGCCAUCGCUGCAGCCAGGAGAUGAUCUCUCUGAGCUCUCGUUGGUAAACAGAAGGCCUUUCCUUUUGCAGAGCUGUCAGAUAAUGGAGGUAAAUAUGGGCUGUCAUUGUUAAAAAGAUGGCCUGAACAAUCCUACAGCUGUACGCCUCAGAGACAAGGUGCGUCAGUUUCUAUGGCUGCAUAUCUCAUGUUUGUGUUCAGACGAUGCUAGCUUAGCUUUAACAUCUGAAUCACUACCGCUUUCUUAUCACUGGCCUGUCAAAUAAGCAGACGUCAACGUAGAGACAGUGAGUAGCUAUGGCUGAACAAGACAUUUGUCCUCACCUGGACUCCAUAGGAGAGGUAACCAAGGAGGACCUGCUACAGAAAUCCAAGGGAACUUGUCAAUCAUGUGGAGCAGGAGGGCCAAACCUGUGGGCCUGUCUGCAGAGUGACUGCCCGUAUGUGGGCUGUGGAGAGUCUUACUCAGAUCACAGCACCCUGCAUGCACAGACGAAGAAGCACAACCUGACUGUGAACCUCACCACCUUCAGGAUCUGGUGCUAUGUGUGUGAACGUGAGGUGUUUUUGGAGCAAAGGCCAGCAUUGGUGCCAGCCCCUGUUGCUCCUCACUGCUGUAAAGCCACAGAGCAGGAAGCAGCUCCUAAGCCGGUUGGUCACCCCCUAAAAGCUGUACCGAUUGCUGUUGCGGAAGAAGAGGGUUCAGAAUCAGAGGAGGAUGAACUUAAACCCAGAGGACUUACAGGAAUGAAAAAUAUUGGAAACUCCUGCUACAUGAAUGCAGCUCUUCAGGCUCUGUCGAACUGUCCUCCUCUCACGCAGUUCUUCCUGGACUGCAGUGGAUUGGUCCGAACCGAUAAGAAGCCUGCUUUGUGUAAGAGCUACCAAAAACUCAUCUCAGAACUCUGGCAUAAAAAACGGCCCAGCUAUGUGGUCCCUACCAGUCUGUCUCACGGCAUCAAACUCGUAAACCCUAUGUUUCGUGGUUACGCUCAGCAGGUAGGGGCAAGCACCCAGCAGGACACUCAGGAGUUCCUGCGCUGUCUCAUGGACCAGCUGCACGAGGAGCUGAAGGAGCCUCUGACGGAGUGCAGCAUGAGCUCCGAUGGAAGUGACGGCGAGGAGAUACGAGACGGAGACCGCUCCCCCUCUGAGGACGAAUUCCUCUCUUGCGACUCCGGCUCCAGCAGCGACCGAGGCGAAGGUGGAGGAGUGGGUGACAGUGAGCUGCUCCUGCAGGAUGAGUGUGAUGGGGUGAGGGUGCCGGCGGGAGGGGUUGUGGGCGUUGGUACCAAUGGGGUGAUCUCAGAGAAGGAGAGGCUUAAGGAACGGAGGGUGUCCGGAUCGCCUCUCCGCGGAGGCUCUCAGGAGAUGGAUGAGGACGCUGAUGUGGAUACAGCUGUUGAAGAGGGGGCACCUGAGAGGGGGGAGGAAGAGGAGGUGACACAGACUGCAACCACUGAGGUCCAAAGCCAAGAGAACAACCAGGUGUCUGAGACUGAGCAAGAGCAGACCCAGAGCAACAACCCCUCCGAGCCAGACAAUGAAGCGUCAAUGACCCAGCCUCAGCCUCAACCUCAACCUCAACCUCAGCCUCAGCCUCAGCCUCAGCCGCAGCCGCAGCCGCAGCCUCAGCCUCAGCCUCAGCCUCAGCUUCAAUCCACACCCUGCAGUCCUGUUCGAACCCUUCAGGAGAUGCAUCCUAAACUGUCCUCCAGUCCACCUAGAUCCAGUCCACUACGCUCUGCAGGACCUGCAUACUCCUUCAAAAAAGCUCAGCUGCUGCUCAGCACCCGAAAGAAGAAACAGUCUCACUAUCGCAGUGUGAUCUCUGAUAUCUUCGAUGGCUCCAUCCUCAGUCUGGUCCAGUGUUUGACCUGCGACAGGGUCUCAACAACAGUGGAAACCUUCCAAGACCUGUCCCUCCCCAUUCCCGGUAAAGAGGACUUAGCCAAGCUCCACUCAUCCAUACAUCAGAACCUUCCAGUGAAAACAGGCGUGUGUCCCGACACGUACAACUCCCAGGGCUGGAUCACUUUCAUCAUGGACUCGAUACGGCGGUUCGUAGUCUCGUGUAUCCCCACUUGGUUUUGGGGGCCCAUGGUUACCUUGGAGGACUGCCUUGCAGCUUUUUUUGCUGCGGAUGAACUCAAAGGGGACAACAUGUACAGCUGUGAGAGAUGUAAAAAGUUGAGAAAUGGUGUCAAAUAUUGCAAAGUGCUUAAACUUCCAGAGAUUCUGUGCAUUCACCUGAAACGCUUCCGCCAUGAAGUCAUGUAUUCCUUCAAGAUCAGCAGCCAUGUUUCCUUCCCACUGGAGGGCCUCGACAUGCGGCCUUUCCUGGCGAAGGAGAGUCCGUCCCAGGUCACCACUUACGACCUGCUCUCAGUCAUCUGUCACCAUGGCACGGCAGGAAGUGGACACUAUAUAGCUUACUGUCAGAAUGUGAUCAACGGUCAGUGGUAUGAGUUUGAUGAUCAGUAUGUAACAGAGGUCCAUGAGACGGUGGUGCAGAAUGCGGAGGCCUAUGUGUUGUUUUACAGGAAAAGCAGUGAGGAGUCGGUGAGGGAGAGGCAGAAGGUGGUCGCUCUAGCCAACAUGAAGGAACCCAGCCUGCUGCAGUUCUACAUCUCCAGAGAGUGGCUGAACAAGUUCAACACCUUCGCCGAACCAGGCCCCAUUAGCAACCACACGUUUCUUUGUCAGCACGGAGGAAUCCCUCCUAAUAAAUACCACUACAUAGACGACCUGGUGGUGAUUGUUCCCCAGAAUGUGUGGGAGUACCUGUACAACAGUUUUGGAGGCGGCCCAGCAGUGAACCACCUGUACAUGUGUGCCAUCUGCCAGGUGGAGAUCGAAGCUCUGGCUAAACGCCGAAAAACAGAAAUAGACACUUUCAUCAAGCUGAACAAGGAGUUCCAGGCCGAGGAGGCUCCGACUGUGAUCCUGUGCAUCAGCAUGCAGUGGUUCAGAGAGUGGGAGAGCUUUGUGAAGGGGAAAGACAAUGAGCCCCCUGGCCCCAUCGACAACAGCAAGAUCGGUGUAAUGAAGGGAGGACACAUACAACUCAAGCAAGGUGCAGACUACGGACAAAUCUCAGAGGAGACAUGGCAGUACUUGUUGGGUAUCUAUGGCGGUGGACCUGAGAUUGCAGUGAGGCAGACCGUGGCCCCCGCUGACCCGGACAGCCUCCAUGGAGAGAGAAAGAUUGAGGCGGAGACCAGAGCACUUUGAAAUAAAAGGAGGUCCUCUGAUUCCCCCUUUCCACUCUUGCCCUCACAGGAAGCUGAGGAAUUUGCACCUUGGUGAAGAAGUCUCGCCGUGAGCACUUUGUAAAUGUAGCAGCGAAUCAUUCUGACGCCAUGUGGAAGAGGGUAUUUAAAUAUCACAUAGUUUAUUUAUUGGAUGACUCUGAUCCUCAAUGUGAAGGUGUAAAAAAAAAACAAGGCGUCAUGUCACAUCUCUGGAGCUGUUUUCUGUAGUUUCAGUGGCUGCUGUAGUGACUAGGUGUCAUAUACUGUUAAACCGGCUGUGGCAGACACACAACAGAGGUCAGAGGCAGAACCACAAAAUGAUGAUUGGUUUGAGGACUGUACUUUUCUUCAUCAGUGGAAGCGACAAACAAGAGACAUUCAGAAGCUUUCGGUUGUUUGCCUGUUUACUAGAUACAUAGUAACACGUCUAGACAUCAAGUGACAGAUGCUUAAAUUGUACCUUUGCACCUCCAACCUUAAAUACUCACUAUAUCUGACCCCUCAGGAAUGGAAGUCUUGUUGGUUGAAGAACAUUUAGCUAUGAGAACAUACUGCAACAACAGGUUUAUUUCAAACUAUAAAACAUGCAUGUGUUCCAAAAGACCAUUUUCAGCAGCAUUACUAUUUAAAAAGAUUCAAAGUGCAUGAAACUGGAACUUAUUUUUUUGGACCCUACGAGAAAUUUGAUGGAUUAAAAAUGUGUCCACUUUGUUUGCUAAAAAAACAAACAAGAAAACAUUUCUGUUCUGGGAAAUAUAUAAAUAUAGAGCUGCUCACGUGCAGCACUAUUUACAAACAAAAACAGGCUUAUAGAUAGAUUCCUAUCAUUAAGAAAAGAGGAGUUAUUUUUAGAUUUUUGAAAAAGACCGACUACUUAAAGUCUUUGAGGAAGGUUAGUAGGAAGAGGAUUACAUUCAGUAUUUGGUGCAAUAACUGUUAAUACGCUGGAUAGGAUCUUGGGCAAUGAAUACGUCACUUUUCCGUCAAUGGAAACUCUUCUGAAAUAUCAAAGUGGAAUUGCAUAAUUUUUUAUUUCCUUGAAAGAUUUUCCUGAAACGACUUAGUAUGCAGUACCUUUCUAAACCAAGAGGGGGCAGUAUUAAAUACAUUUUUCACGUCACCAUUAAAUAAGAUUGAAUAAAUAGUAAUAAUCAGUGCACAAAUCAAGACAAAACAACAACACCGGUUACAACUGUAAGCUAAUUAAUGAUUACUAUUUGAGUCAUUCAUUGUAUUUUAUUUUCUGUAAAUGUGCAAAAUGUUUCAUUAUCCUGAAAGAAAUAAAAUCAGCUGAACUCUGUGAAGGGAUGUGACCCGAUGGGGGGAAAAGCAGUUUCUGAUCUUGUGCUUUUCCUGUGUUCAUUUACAUCGUUUGAUCACAGAUUAGGGAUAAUUAAGUGUGAUCUGCAGCAGAACAUUUCAGAAACAUCUAACAGCUCCAAAUAUUGACUUUAGGGAUGAACAUGAAGCUGCCCACCUUCAAAGUGUAUUAGUUUGAUAUGUCUUAGCUGUAAUUAAUGUAAUCUGAAAACAUUAAUUCAAAGCAACAGUUUGUUGUGUGGAUUUUUACAGAAGUAUACAAUUACUUUAACAGGUUGACCUAGGUUUCAGGAAGUUUAUCUAUACAGCGCUUUUCACAGAAAGUGUCAGCUUAUCAUCGAGAGAAGUCGAUCAGGGUUAAGCUGAAUAAACCAGGCACUCCUCUAUUGAAUUGUAGACAAAUCUAAUGCUUGCCCUUUAUUAUUGCAAAGAUCUGCACAGUCAAAGUUACUGUAGAAUUGGAAGCAGUUCAGGAUUGUGGUGUUGUUGGGAAAGGGAGGAAGACAUGUUGAGUGUAGCUGUGCUUUUCAGCAUAUAAUAAUAAAUUAUCAGCUUUACUGAUUAUCAUCACUACCAAUUGUGAAAAACCACACUAAAAAAUAUUUAAUAUUUAUAAUGAUACAGCUUUAUGACAUAAGACAAAAAAACAUGUGAAAAUGUGCUAAACUUUUUUUUUUCCAGUUAUCAAGAGACAAAGAUCUCUCCAAUAAAUACAACUGAUCAGCCAUCAGCUGUCUGAAAGGUCACAACAUGUGUUAGUAAAGAAAAAGAAAGGACUGCAAACCAAACAGUAGCUACUUUGUGAAAGAAAAAGAGGGAAGGCUGACAUUUUUUAACACCAAAUGACUGACAUUUCAAAUCUACACUGAUUUUCAUUUCAAGUUGCCGUAGUGUAUUCAAAUAGAGAUUCUACAUCACAGUCAUCCCUUCUUAAAUUACAGUGCCUUCAAGCGUCUACACAUCCACUAAGCACCUGAGGUGUUUUUACACAUUUUGCCUUGAUCACAUACAUUGAGGGAUGCAUGAGAGCUCCCUUACUUAAGGUGUAGUGAUGUUAUAAAGGCAAAAUUCAGUGCUGUUUCAUAAAUUCCCAGCUCAAAGUAAUCCCAAGCGCAGGGCCGAGCCUGCAGGAUAAGUGAAAACAUCUGUGUGGCGAUGAAGGGACUUUAGAAAUAUUUCCUUCAAACUCAACUUUGGAAAGGUCUGUUCAGUUGUGUAACUCUAAAUUUCCCAAUAGUAUAUGUCAUUGUAAGAUGAAGCAGGAAAAGUCAGACACAGAGAGAUUUCAAACAGAAUGUGAUAGUGCAAGAAGUGCAGAACUUAGAAAUACAUGCAAAGGAUAUUCAAAGUGCUUCUAAAGACAAGAAGUGAAAAUCAGCAGAAUAAGUUCAGGUCUCUUUAGCUCAAGAGUAAGAUGACUUGAUUGACACCACUCUCAUGUUGGUACUGUCAUGUAUGAAUCUACAGCCAUGAAACUGUUAACUUAGCCUAGCUUAGAAGAACGUCUGGAAACAGGGUAACAGCUAGCCUUGAUCUUAAGUUCUGAGCUAGCUUCUUUCAGGCUCACUUAACACUCAGUUUGGUUUAUCUGUGGUAAAACAAAAGUCCAAAAGAACCUACAUCUUGCUCCCCUCCUGGUUCUGGUCUGUUUGCUAAAAUUAGCUAGCUGGUUGCCGGCUUUCAUGUCUAACUAAGCAUACAAAUAUGGGACUGGUUUCUUUUUUCUUAUCAAAGCCAACAAAUUAAACUACAUCAUUCUGUAGAAGAUUCUGUGGAGAACGUUUUUAAUGUGAUUUUAAAAACACCCAAUCCCAAAAUAAUGAAACUAGGGGUUUGCUUUUGUACUUGAUUCCGAUUUUGUCUUCCCUUUAAGCUAAAAUGAGCAGUUUAUAAUAUGUCUUACUCUAAUAAUCAUCUGUCAUAAAUAUAAAACAUUCAAAACCCCAAAAUAUCCAAACACUCCAGAAAAUAUUAUUUCCACUGCAUCUUUUUUUUGACUUGUCAUUGUAUGAAUAACACCGGUGUAGCUCAUAUCACUAACGAAUGCUGUUCAGUUCAAGUGUGAGAGUAAAUCAUGCAAAUGAGAAAAUGUGCAAAUUAUGGUGUGCUCCAUUUGAUCUGGGAAGUCGGAAAUUCAGAGAAGCCCAUCGAAUACGUCUCCCUGAAUGCCCCCUUAAGUCAGAAGUCCUAUUUGGAAAAUCCUAACAAGUUCAGUAAGCCCAAGCUUGAAACCCAAGAUGGCUUCUCCCUGCAUCAACAGUAAAAAAACAAACCUGUUCUUUAAUAGUAUUAAUUUGCAACUCACUCUUUUUCUGUAUGAUUAAAUCAAUCAGACCACUAUUAUAUAAUAGUAUCAUGCAAGUUCCAUCAAAGGACAUGUUAUGUUGCUUUUGCCCACAAACUAUCUCAUGUAACUCAAACGUGGUUAUCUCUCAUCCAAAGUCAGUUUUAGCCCUGACAUUUGACUUCCCAGGUUAAUGAAAUGCACCAUUAGGAGGGCCUGAAAAUGUUCUUACCCAAUCACAGGACAGUUCGGAUGUCAAAGUGUACAGUGGAUUGCUAGUGUAACAUUUAUUGACUUGCUUUUUUUUUAACUAUCUUUGUGAGCUAAAGUCAGGAGUCAGUUUAGUGAAUUAACUUGGUUUAAAUUCUUGUACGUUUUUGUUGGUGUCUUCUUUUUCUAAGUUAGGUUUCUAACAUGUUCACUGUUCAGUACUAAACAGGUAGUUCAUCAAAGUAAAGCUCUUAGCCUGAAAGAUUGAAUAUCAGCUAUAUUUACUUUGAAGAAAUGUUCAGGAGGAUAGAGGGAGACUAAAGGUUGAGGUUAUUGGAUAUGCUUUAUCAAAACAGUAUCAACCCAGUUUGUUAUGGUUUUGUCAAAACCAAAAAAAUGUUAAUCCAGUAAGCUGGGAAUGGUCUAUAAUUUGUCUUCUACUGACUACAUGGAUGCCACCAAACUGCUUAGUCACAAAAUCCCCCUUAAUUGAACCAAAAAAAAUCUCACUAUGAAAUAUCAUUGGCUACAUUGUUUACUUUUCAUGUCCUUGAGUAUUCAUGUUCCAUUUUGUAUAUGUUGUCCUAAGAGCAUUUCAUGAACUUUACAAAAGAGGACACAGACUUGUUCAUUUGUGUUAAAGUUUGUAGUAUUUCUCUUGUCAAGUCCAGUCUGUGUCUACAAGACCUGACGUUACUACAGAGAUGUGUGUGCUAUGUUUAGAUAUGUCUUUGGGGAGUAAGUGCAAUGAAUAAAAGGCAAAUCUUUGUGCAAUCUUAAGCUCUAUCAUCAAAGAGAUAUUUAAAAGGUAUCAAACACAAAGCAGUUCAAGCAGCUGACAGUUCAAGCAGUGGAAGUGCAGCUUAUUAUAUUGCAGUGUUAAGAUGUGUUGAGUGGUAAUUACUUAAUCAUCCCCACCUGUGGGUUUGUUUGCUUGUGUUACAACACGUAGCUAUGCGUGUGAGAUUUUCAUUUCAUCCUUCAGUGGAAAAUAGAAAACAUUGCCGUGGUUGGACAGAGUUCAUUAGUAAUAUCAUGACACCCUGCAGACAGCACAGCUGGAUCUCACUAACUCAUUUUUUCCCCACAUUUUACAGUGUGUGGCUGUUGUGGUCAUAAGAGUGGGGAUGCUUCGAUAACGUGGUUGACCUCAGUUCAAUGGGAUGUCUUAAUGUCUGUAUAAGUUAUGUAAUUACCCAUGACUGGUGAGAUGAUUAAAAUUGCCUGGUCUUUGGUU